AUGCGGACUCUCACUCUUCUUCCUCCCGCCAACAACCUCUCUCCUAUAAAACCCUCAACCCCUACCCGCCAAAACUACCCGUCUUCAAAAUCCAUCAAAUUACCCACAUUUGAUGAUCUCCAUAACCGCCUGAUUCAUCAAGCAAAUGUGGGUAAUCUUCAUCAAGCAAUCUCCACCCUUGAUUGCAUAUCCCAACAUGGCUUCAUCCCUGAUCUCUCUGUUUUCUCUUUGCUACUCAAAUCCGCCAUUAGAUCCCACAAUCACAAGUUGGGUAAGCUCAUUCAUUCCAAGCUCACUGAGUCAGGACUCAAGCUAGACUCAGUCACACUCAACUCGCUUAUUUCCUUAUACUCUAAAUCUGGGGAUUGGCGAAAAGCUGCCGAAAUUUUUGAAGGAAUGGAGGAAAAUAAUAGAAAUGUUGUAUCUUGGAGUGCUAUUAUUUCCUGUUAUGCCAUUAAUAACAUGGAAUUUAAGGCAAUUGAAAUGUUUGUAAAGAUGCUAAAUUUUGGAAUAUGCCCAAAUGAGCCAAAUGAGUUUUGCUUAGUAGGUGUAAUUAAGGCUUGUUCUAAUGAAGAUUGGGCAUUUAUUGGGGAGAUAAUUAUUGGGUUUGCUUUGAAAACUGGGCAUUUUGAUGAUUUAAAUGUUAAGUGUGCUUUGAUUGAUAUGUAUAUUAAGGGUUUUCAUAACAUUAAUUGUGCCAAGAAGGUAUUCAAAAUGCCCGAGAGAGAUGUGGUAGUAUGGACUCUAAUGAUUACAAGGUUUGUGCGAAUGGGUUAUCCUGAACAAGCCAUUCGACUAUUUCUUGAAAUGGAAAGGAGUGGAUGUCAGCCGGAUUGUUUUGCAUUCACGAGCGUGAUCUCUGCUUGUCGUGAGCUUGAAUUGUUCUUUUUGGGAAAGCAACUACAUUCGAGAGUUGUGCGUUGUGGAUUGAUGAAUAAUGCUAGUAUUGGGGCUUGUUUGAUUGAGUUGUAUGCGAAUUGUGGCGAUAACAAUUCUCUUUCGUGUUCAAGAAAGAUAUUUGAUCAGAUACUUGAUCAUAGUGUCAUGUCUUGGACAGCAAUAAUCUCAGCACAUGCCCAAACCGAAGGGUAUGAGAGAAAAGCUCUUGAGCUUUACAUUGAUAUGAUUAAUACGGUGGUGAAACCGAAUCAUUUUACAUUUACUAGUGUCCUAAAGGCAUGUGUGAGUCUUUGUGACUCACAAGUUCAGCCCGCAGUGACACUCGGUUUUGCUUCGGAUAAUUGUGUGGCAAAUUCUCUUGUUAGUAUGUAUUCUCAAUUUGGUGCAACAGAGGAAGCAAGAAAAGUUUUUGAUUUACUAUUAGACAAGAAUUUAGUGUCUUAUAAUACUAUGGUUGAUGGGUAUGUUAAAAAUCAGAAAGUUGAAGAAGCAUUUGAAUUGUUUCAUCAAAUUUAGGGUCCCAAGUUAAGGCCAAAUGCAUUCACUUUUAGUAGUCUAUUGAUCGGAGCUAUUGGUGCUGGUGGAAAGGGUGAGCAAAUUCACGGACGAAUUGUGAAAUCGCGAUUACAAUCAAAUCGACAAAUCUCGAACACAUUAAUUUCUAUGUACUCGAAAUGUGGCGACAUUGAAGCCGCUCAUAAAGUGUUAAGAAACAUGGAUGAUCGGAAUAUUAUAUCAUGGACGUCUAUGAUCACUGGUUUUGCAAAACACGGGUUUGCUCGAAAGGCUUUGGAUUCGUUUGAUCAAAUGAUUGAAGCUGGUGUAAAAUCGAAUGAAAUCACCUUCAUAGCUGUUCUAUCAGCUUGUAGUCAUGCAGGCUUGGUUUCAGAAGGCAGAUAUUUUCAUUCACUGUACAAUGAUUAUGGAGUUGUUCCAACAAUGGAACAUUAUGCUUGUAUGGUUGAUUUGCUUGGAAGAUCGGGUUUCCUUAUAGAAGCUCGGGAAUUGAUUGAGUUGAUGCCAUUUAUGGCUGAUUCUCUUGUUUGGAGGUCGUUUCUUGGUGCUUGCCUAGUGCACGGAAACACUGAACUAGAAGAAAAUGCUGCAAAAAUGGUGAUGGAAAAUGAUCCUGAUGAUCUUUCUUCAUACACUCUACUUUCAAAUUUCUAUGCAUCGAAAGGCGAGUGGGGAAAUGUGAAGAAUACCCGAACGCAUAUGAAAGAAAAAAACUUGAAUAAAGAAGCUGGGUGCCGCUGGAUUGAGACAGAAAAUCAAAUCCAUACGUUCUUUGAUGGGGAUACGACACAUACUCGAGCUAACGAGAUAUAUGAAAAGUUGGAAAAGUUGAUUAGUGAAAUCAAAGAGAUGGGUUAUGUUCCUAAUACAGAUAUUGUUCUUCAUGAAAUGGAAGAAAACCGAAAGGAGAAAUACUUGAUACAACACAAUGAAAAAUUAGCUGUAGCAUAUGGUCUAAUAAGCACACCUAGGUUAAAACCUAUCAAGAUCUUCAAAAACCUGCGUAUUUGUGAGGAUUGUCAUAUGGCAAUGAAGUACAUCUCUAAGGCGACAAAAAGAGAAAUCAUCAUUCGGGAUUCAAAUCGAUUCCAUCACUUGAAGGAUGGUUUGUGCUCAUGUGGAGACUUCUGGUAA